CGGCGUCGGAGUUGCCGUAGAGGCGGGGAGACCCAUGGGCCCAGCUGCCCUGAGCAGCGCUUCCGGCCAUAUCCCAAGGGGGCCUGCGUUGUGGAGUUGGGGGCAGGCAACGGUUUCCAGUGAUCCGGACCGCGGCUGCCGCCCCGCGAGCGGGAUGUUCCAGGGUCUGAGCAGCUGGUUUGGCUUGGAGCAGCCGGCGGCGAGUGGCCGGCAGUCCGAGGGAGAUGGGCACGGUGCAGGAGACGCUCCACCCGAGCAGCGUGCUGAGGCGGUGGUGGAGUCGGCGGAGGGGGAGCCUCAGCAAGCGGGGGACCAGGAGCUCCUUCACCAGGCCAAAGGCCUCGGCACCUAUCUAUUUAACUUUGCAACUGCUGCUACAAAAAAGAUAACUGAAUCAGUUGCUGAAACAGCACAGACAAUAAAGAAAUCAGUUGAAGAAGGAAAGAUAGAUGACAUCAUUGAUAAGACAAUUAUAGGAGAUUUUCAGAAGGAACAGAAAAAAUUUGUUGAGGAACAGCAUACCAAAAAAUCAGAAACAGCAGUGCCCCCGUGGGUUGAUAGUAAUGAUGAAGAAACAAUUCAACAACAAAUCUUGGCCUUAUCAGCUGACAAGAGGAAUUUCCUUCGUGACCCUCCAGCCGGUGUGCAGUUUAAUUUUGACUUUGAUCAGAUGUAUCCUGUUGCCCUCGUCAUGCUUCAGGAGGAUGAGCUGCUGAGCAGGAUGAGAUUUGCCCUUGUUCCUAAACUUGUGAAGGAAGAAGUGUUUUGGAGGAACUACUUUUACCGGGUCUCCCUGAUUAAGCAGUCAGCCCAGCUCACAGCCCUGGCCGCCCAGCAGCAGGCCACCGGGAAGGAAGAGAAGAUGCACAGCAGAGAGGAUGAGUUGCCACUGACAGAGGCAGUACGGCCCAAAACGCCACCUGUUGUAAUCAAAUCUCAGCUUAAAACUCAAGAGGACGAAGAGGACAUUUCUACCAGCCCGGGUGUUUCUGAGUUCGUCAGUGAUGCCUUCAAUGCCUGUAACUUAGAUCAGGAGGACCUGAGGAAGGAGAUGGAGCAGCUGGUGCUUGACAAAAAGGAGCAGGAGAAAGCCAUACCAGAAGACGAAUCUGCAGAUUGGGAAAAAGAACUACAGCAGGAACUUCAAGAAUAUGAAGUGGUGACAGAAUCGGAGAAGCGAGAUGAAAACUGGGAUAAAGAAAUAGAGAAAAUGCUGCAGGAUGAAAAUUAGCUGUUUCCUGAAAUAAAGGAAUAAUCCUUAACAUUCUGUAACUGACAUUAAAUUCUAGAUGGCAACACUCACUGAAUCAGAAGACACAAAAUAGUAUAACUUCAUGAAAUCCAAAAUUAUUCUUUCUUCAAGUAGAAACUUGCCUCUUCUAAAAAAUAUACAGACCAGUUAUUCUAAUGAUCGAAUAAGGAUGUUUUAUGUGAUAUUUCUUUAGUAUAAAUCUAGCUAGAGAUAUAGUCAGUAUGGAUAUCUUUGCCACAGAAACACAAGUAAAAUUUUUAAAGUUCUGUUUUCCAUAAGGUCAAGAAUAUGAUUUAUUCUUCAGUUGUGGCUUUCUAAACAUUUGUACUUCUUGUUGCAUUUUCAUUGAUACAUGUAUGUUAAAGUACUUGAUAAUGGAUUGGUAACUAUCAAAAUGACCAAAUUGUACCAAAGAACUUAAGAAGAAGCACUUUCAGGACUAUUUUCUUGCUAGAUAUUUUCUGAAAUCCAUCUGGAAGCCAAGAGAUAAUUAUGGUGAUUUUAAUGCUAGUGAUACACACAAUUUGACAUUGAGGAGUAACUGCAAAAAUACUAUCUCUGAGGCCUUUUCUUGUUUUGUUUUUUAAUUACACCACAAUAUUUUCCUAAAUUCACAUGAUGGUUUUGUAAAAAGCAGGGCCUUUCAAUGUUUUUUUUUUUUGUAAUAAUGACCUGCAGAAGCACAUUCACUGUAAAGUCUCUUGUUCCUGUUUAAAUCAUCACCACAUAUAAAUAUUUUAGCUUUGUUUGUCUUAAUUAAACUAUUAAUCUUUAUAAAAUUGUGUUCCUCUGG